UCCCCGACUUCGUGGCCCACGAAAGGGUGGGGGUCAGGGGCGGUCUCUCCCGCCAGGUGCGCUCCUGCCCUGACGGCUCAGCCCGCUUCCCGGGCAGCCAUUGCCGUGGAGACCCCCGAGGCUAUAAAGCCGGAUAAGCAGGCAGGCGGCGACUUCCGCGCCACUGAGCCCCCCAAGUAAGGAGCAAGCGCCCCGGUGUGGCCCGGCCCCCGCGAGCGGGGAGGAGGCGGAGGAGCGGCGCCAGCAGCUUGAGGAGCGGCGCGCCCCGCCAGGGCUGGAUGCAGGCGCGCACGGCGGGCGCCACCGUCUCAUCGGGGGAGCGGGGGCUGUCCCGGGUGAGGGUGAGUGGCGCGGCUCCAAGCCACAAGGGGAGGAGGGGCACCGGGCAAGCGGAAAACAGCGGGACAGACAGAAGGGGGCCGAGCUUUGGCUCCCGUAGUCUCGUGGCGGGCCAGGCGCGGAGCCCAGAGUAGCAAGCAACCUACACCUCCAGGCGGGAAGCCCAGGGAAGGAGCUGCGAGACGCCAGGCGUGCGGCCCAGGAGCGGCGGGGGAAAGGGAUCCGCUGGGGCACAAGAGUGGAAACGUCGGGACCCUCGACUGCAGCCACCCACGCGCUGAGGGAGCCACACCAGAGCACCAGUGGGGCCAAGAGCCCAGCGGGGCGCGGGAACAGGGGCGCCCCCGUGCGGAGCUGCCGGCCGCCUAGGAGCGGCGGCCGGGGCCAUGCUCAAGCCCAAGGACCUGUGCCCCCGAGCGGGUACGCGCACCUUCCUGGAGGCCAUGCAAGCGGGCAAAGUGCACCUGGCCCGCUUUGUACUGGAUGCGCUGGACCGCAGCAUCAUCGACUGCCGCGCGGAGCAGGGCCGCACGCCGCUCAUGGUGGCGGUGGGGCUGCCGGACCCCGCGCUGCGUUCGCGCUUCGUGAGGCUACUGCUGGAGCAGGGUGCGGCCGUGAACCUGCGGGACGAGCGCGGUCGCACAGCGCUCAGCCUGGCGUGCGAGCGCGGCCACCUGGACGCGGUGCAGCUGUUGGUGCAGUUCAGCGGCGACCCCGAAGCGGCCGACUCGGCGGGCAAUAGCCCAGUGAUGUGGGCGGCGGCGUGCGGCCACGGGGCGGUGCUCGAGUUCCUGGUGCGCUCUUUCCGCCGCCUAGGCCUGCGCCUCGACCGCACCAACCGAGCGGGUCUCACCGCGCUGCAGCUGGCAGCCGCUCGCGGCCACGGGACCUGCGUGCAAGCCCUCACCGGGCCCUGGGGCCGCGCAGCUGCCGCCGCCGCGGCCCGGGGCUCCAACUCCGACAGCCCCCCCGGCCGUCCGGCUCCCGCGCCCAGCCCGGAGCGCCGACGACCCAGCCCCCGCCGUUUACCUCGGCCUCUCCUGGCGCGCUUUGCGCGAGCUGCCGGCGGCCACGGUCAUGGCGGCGAGGCUGGGUCAGGGGGCAAGGGCUCCGGCCGGCACCGCGCACAGGGCAGCGAGAGGCCCGAGCUGGGCCGGAGCAUGAGCCUAGCACUGGGUGCUGUAACCGAGGAGGAAGCGGCUCGGCUGCGGGCGGGAGCAUUGAUGGCCCGACAACACUCGCCCCAGUCUUCAGGGUCCGGGCGGUGGCGUUCGCAGGAGGUGCUGGAGGGAGCGCCUCCGACCUUAGUGCAAGCCCCCAUUGGCCUGAGCCCCCACCCGGAGGGCGGCCCCGGCUCUGGCCGUUUGGGUUUGCGCCGACGUUCCACAGCUCCAGACAUCCCCAGCCUGGUCGGGGAGGCCUCAGGGCCCGAGAGCGGCGCGGAGUUAGAGGCCAACGCUCUGCCCUACUCGGUGCCUGGGCCUCAGCCUUGGCAGGGGGACACGGAGGCCGUGGUGCUGCACGCUCAGCGGUAAACAGCGUCGAGGUUGAGCCCUGCUCCUCCUCCUCUUAUGUCUCUCCUCUGCUGGGAUUUCUUUUUUCCAAGUCCCUCAUUUUCCUAGCAGUUUCCCUGGCCUGUGAUCCCAUAAUCUGUCCCCACUGCCCAGACAAGACCCCUAAUCUUCUCUCUGAA